AUGCGCACCCACCCAGCCCCAACAGAAUGCGAAGUCAUCCAACCCGCCACCCCGCGCGGCCAAAUCCUCACCCCCCUAAUCCUAAUCCACGACGGCGGCGGCACAACUUUCGCCUACCACUGCCUCUCCCAGCUCGCAGGCCGCGCCGUCUUCGGCAUCGCGAACCCGCGCUUCCACUCCGGUGUGCCAUGGGAAGGCGGCGUACCGGAAAUGGCGGCGGCGUACCUGCAAAUGAUUCGGAAUACGGUUACCAAGGGGAGGGAGUUCCCCGCCCAGGCGCCGUACUCAUAUGUUACGACUGCUGAUGGCGGGAGACUGAAGAGGAGGAGGAUUUUGUUGGGCGGGUGGAGUCUGGGCGGAUUGCUUUCGUUGGAGAUUGCGAGGUUGGUUGGCGAAGAGGAUCGCGAUAUUGAGAUUGUGGGGUUGCUCUUCGUGGAUAGUGUGUAUCCCGUCUGGCCCAAGGGUUCGGAGGUCAAGAUUGGGAGGUUUGUCGAGGAUGAGAAACUGGAGACGGAGGAGCCGAAGAAUGUGAGGCUUGCGAAGAGGGCGAUGAAGAUGGCCGGGCAGGCUGUGAGGGUUUGGAAGAUGCCGAGGUGCGGGGCUGCGAGUGAGACGGAGGUGGAGGUUCCCAAGGCCGUUGGCUAUGCUGAUGCCGAUAGUUCCGAUGGAGGAGGCGAAAGGGCAGGGCCGACGGCGGAUGAAGCGGACGUGGAAAAGGACUUUUACGUUUCCAAGGAGGAGAAGGAGACGGCCGAGGUCAUGUGGGAGAGGCCGCCGCGGGCUGUGCUCGUCAAGGCCAAGGAGCAUGUUCCGAUGCCGAUCGAGGGAAUCAGUUCCGUGGAUGUGUAUCGUGGGGAUGAGAAGCUUGGGUGGGAUGGGUACUGUCCAGGGUUUGUUGAGGAGGUGUUGUUGACGGAGGGGAGUCAUUUUGAUAUGUUUGCUUGGACGAACUGUGAUGGGAUCACGGAGAAGAUUAACGAGGCUUGUCAGAUACUGGAAGGGGUUACUAUAUGA